CCUUAUCAUUUAUGCACAGUAAUGCUAUAAAUUUAACUGGGGUCAAGACUGGGCUUUUAAUUGUAGGUGGGAUGCUUUUAGGAGGGCUACUGCUAAAAAAAGAAACGUUCCUUCCUCUUCUCCAUCUCAACAGUGGAUAGAGUUGUACUUUCAGUUUGUCAUCAAUAUCAUUUUCCUUGUUGGGAUCACCAAUUUAUUCUCUGCAUUCCCACACAGAUCUGACUGCAGGUUUUUCUGCUUCUGAGCCAACCAUCUCAUCACUCUAAUCUCAGCUGAGUGAGCGUCAGGAUUGCCUGAAGUAGAAAGUUUUCAGCUGGUUUUUUUUUUUUUUUUGGGGGAGGACCAAAAAAUGGCUAAUCAACCAUCUUGUUAAAAUUCUGAUCAAGAAAUAAGUGACUCUGCAGAAUUAUUGGACUGGGGUGGUAACUUCUUGUUGAUACAAAUGGGCAAAAGCGGCAGAGACUGGACGCAGAUCUAUGCGAUCUACGGCAUGGACGAUUGGCAUACACCCUUUUUCCUACUCAUCCAUGCCGUCUUCUUCUCCGCCCUCUCCGUCUUCUUCCUCCUCUACUUCGAGCCCAUUUGCUUCCUCACACAGCAUUUCCUCCCCAUCAUCGGGCCCGGAUUGGCCCGUUUCAUAGCGGGCUUUACAGGCUCGGUUACGGCCCUCUCCGCCGUCUGCCUCUUCUUUGCAGCCGCCAACUUCUUGUACUCCUCGGUAUCACUGCACUGGGACAUGGCCCAGCGGAUGGUCAACUCGGUCUCGGACUGGUCGUCGGUGAAGCAAGCCCUCGACCUCGGGUGCGGCCGGGGAAUCCUCCUCAACGCGGUGGCUAUGCAGCUGAAGAAAUCAGGGUCGUCGGGGCGGGUGGUUGGGCUGGAUCCGACUGGGGCACGGAGGAACGGGCCGAGCACCCUGUCGACCCUCAGGACAGCCGGGCUGGAGGGGGUCCAAGAGUAUGUCACGUGCCGGGCAGGUGACCCGGGGACGCUGCCCUUCAGCGAUAAUUACUUCGACGUGGUGGUAUCGUCUGUGUUCGUGCACACGGUAGGGAAGGAGUUUGGGGCGAAAUCAGCUGCGGCGGGUGCAGAGAGGAUGAGGGUGCUGGGGGAGGUGGUGAGGGUUCUGAAGCCGGGUGGGGUCGGGGUGGUGUGGGACCUAGUACACGUUCCCGAAUUUGUGCAGAGGUUGCAUGAAUUGAGGAUGGAGGAUAUCAGAGUGUCUGAACGUGUAACGGCCUUCAUGGUCAGCAGCCACAUCGUAUCAUUCAAGAAGCCAAACCACCAUUUUGCCGGGUCUAACGAAGUUAGACUCGAUUGGAGAUUCAACAAUCUUUGUUGAAUCGAAAGGAUUUACAAAUUUUAUUCCCCUAUAAAAAAAAAGGGAGAAAUGAUGAUGAUGGAGAAAAUAGAGAAGCAUAUAUAUAUAUAUAUAUGCAUA